UUUUAUCUUGUUUGAGCCGAAGAAAAUGAUGCAGGAAAUAGUCCAGAAUGGCAGAUACCGGCCAGGUUUUUGGCUUUAAUCCAUGGAGCCGCCAAUGGUGAUGAUUUAUAAAGCAGACCCUUUGAAGUCCCAAGUAUUUGGAAUCUAAUCCGCCAUGGAUGAUGGAGGAGGGUUCAGAAAGGCAAGAAUGGAGCUUGAAGCACUCUACGAGGGAGUGCCAGAUGAGUCUGUGAAUCUCACCUUCCGACAUCUCACAGACGUCAAUGUUCAAUCCAGAGCCAACCCAUCAAUCCAAAUCCAAAUUCCAAGAGACAAUCAAAGCACCCCAUUAACCAAACUCCCCAGCCUAGACUUCAACAGAGCCCUCCAAGCAGCCAACCAAUACUCCCGCCCCGACGCCAAAAUCAGCCUCCAUCCGAGUGCGCAGGUCGGUGGGAGUAGUAGUGGGUCGCCGCUUGCCCCUGCCGGCCACAAUCAAAGCCGUCCAACUUCGGAGCAUGAGUACAUGCAUGCCCAUGUUGGGUUGAGGCCGGCUUUGGAGUACAGUGCAGCCUACGAGGAGGCAAGCCGCAUCAGCGGCAUGGGUUCCAUGUAUCUCCAUCACAGAGCCACGCCGGGGAGACGCCGCCCGGGGAUUCCUCACUCCAAUAUCUGCACCAACUGCACCACCUACAUCUAUGUCUUCCGCCAUCGUUGCCUGGUCUGUGGAAGAGUUUACUGCCGGCAAUGUGUGAGAAUUGGGAUGGGGGAGAUGACGGAGGGAAGAAAGUGCAUAGAAUGUUUGGGAAGAAAAUUCAGCAACAGUGGCUUCAAGCGUGAGGAUAGCUCGGUGGACUAUGUUGCACAAAUGCUCGAGCGUGUCGAAGGUUGGACAACUUCCAAAAAUCGAUAG